AAAAAUAGUACUUUUGGUCAACAACAAAUUCAAACAUUACCUAUUCUGGAUAUACAAGCUGGUCGAAAAAGAGUUGGUGAUACAAAGUCAAAUAAUGACAACAAUAGCAUGAUGGAUUCAAAGAAAUAUCGAUUAUUAUUAGAUGGGGAUGAUACUAUACCAUCAUCAUCACCUUCUUCUCAAUCACAUACAUUAAACAAUCGUAUUGAUUCUUCCUUUGUCAUGAUGGAAGAUACAUCAUCUGCAUCACCACCAUCACAACGACAAACGACUAAACCAAAAGGUAGUGGACGUGGAAGAAAACCGGCUCAUGAACUCUUAUCCGAAGAUCAAAAAAAGGCAAAUCAUAUCGCUUCUGAACAAAAACGACGGGCAAAUAUUCGUAUUGGUUUUGAUCAAUUGGUGGAUAUUGUACCUACAUUAAAUGAAUGUCAACGAAGUGAAUCUUUGAUUUUACAAAAAUGUAAGUUUCUUAUACAUCUUUAUGAAUUUAUCUGAUUUGGAUUUAUUUAUUAUAGCUGCUGAUUAUAUACGUCAAUUAGUCGAUACGAAAAAUGGAUUACGUGAUCGUGUUAGAGAACUUCAAACUGCUCUUGGUGAAGUCCCAGAUGAAGAUGUAAAAAUACAUGAUAGAUAUUCGAAAAAAAAAAGUGGACUGACUGUUUUUAUUUAUUUAUUUAUUUUUGAUUUUUUUUUUUAAUUCUUCUUUUUGAUGUGUAGAGCUCAGAAGGCGAAAUGGAUUAUAG